AUGCCAGGCCCCGGAUUCAGUCUCCACCAGAAGAUCUACAUCAACUCGAAAGAUGUCGACAAGUUCUUCAAAUACUUCAAGCCCACCCAUGAUGCCAUCAUCAAGGAGCCCGAGUGCCGGUUUCUCGAGGUAUACCAAGACCCGAAAGAACCGGGGACUAUCAGCUGGGACCAAAUGACCAAGGACUACUACAAAGACUACCUGGCAGCAACAGAGCCAAUGUUCAUCAAGCCUCGAGAAUUCAAGAUUUUCAACCGAGUGGGCGCGCCAUAUUACACAGUGAAGGAUCAUUAG